AAUUGUGGCGCCUGGCGCUGCUUGACAACGCAGCCAACACACAUGAACAUAUUCGACAGGAAUGCAAAGCGGCUGCAAAAGGAACGUGCUGCACUCAGCGCCGAUGUGGGUCUAUAUGAUUACCUAAAGGAGGAGGUGGGCUUUCGCCUAGCGGAUCGUGUGUUUGACAUUAAGCGCGAGUUCAAGACAGCCGCCGAUAUCGGUUGUAAUCGUGGCUUUAUCUCCCGACACAUACUCGCCGAGUGCGUGGAGCAUCUGACGCUGACGGAUACGAGCGCCACAAUGUUGGAGCAGGCACAGGGCACGCCCGGCUUGCAGAUGCACAAGCAGCUGCAGGAUGAGGAGCAAUUGGAUUUUGAGGAGAAUUCGCUGGAUCUGAUCAUCUCCAGCUUGAGCUUGCACUGGGUCAACGAUUUGCCUGGUUGUUUUGCGCGCAUCAAGCGCAGCUUGAAACCUGAUGGCGUCUUUAUAGCUUCGCUCUUUGGCGGCGACACACUCUAUGAGCUGCGCUCCUCACUGCAACUGGCCGAGCUGGAGCGGAAAGGUGGCAUUGCGCCGCACGUUUCGCCCUUUACACAGAUACGCGACAUUGGUUCUCUGCUGAAUCGGGCCGGGUUUACGAUGCUAACCAUUGAUACGGAUGAGCUGAUCAUUGGGUACCCGAGCAUGUUUGAGCUGAUGUGGGAUCUCAAGGGCAUGGCCGAGAAUAAUGCGGCGUUCAAUAGGCCGGCGCAUCUCAGUCGCGAGACGAUGCUGGCGGCCAGUGCCAUCUACAAGGAGCUGUACGGCAAACCCAACGAAGAGGGCAUUCCGGCCACUUUUCAAAUUAUUUACCUUGUUGGCUGGAAACCGGGUCCCAAUCAGCCGCAGCCCUUGCCACGCGGCACAGCCGAGGUAUCCCUUAAGGAUCUGGGCACAAUCUUUGAAAAGGGUGGCAAAAUUAAAUUGGAUCAAGAUACGUAAAGUUUGGUGCUGUAGAUUCUAAUAAAAAGUUUUACAAAAAAUUCAAUUUUGUUUAUUUAGAAACUGAAUUUACAUUAACCUUGAAAUUUAAACAAAAAAAAAAGAAAACUAAAUAAAAACCACAAAUUGAUUGUUUUGA